CUGUCCCUCGGUCCGCCGGAGGUCGUCGGGGAAAGGGUUAACCGGGCAGCGGGGCGGGGGGAGGAGGGCCGGCCUCACACCUCUCCGGGAGACCUCGGGCGGCGGCGGCGGCGGCGGGGCCCGGGAGGGGCGGAGGCUGGGGCUGGACGCCUCGCCGCCUCCGCCUCGGCGAAUAGCAGCGCGCUGCCCGCCCGGAUUGGAGCAGCAGCAUCACGCUGACCUCCGCCUGGGCUGUAAACCGAGCCGGCCGCUGCGGGCAGAGGCAGGCUCUCGGCGCCUCCGGGAAAGGCAGCCCCACGGCCGAGCUCCGCGCGGCUCGCAGGGACCCGGGCAGCGCCCCAGCCGCGGCUGCGGGGAGCGGGGGAGCCCGACGCGGGCGCGGGCGGGGAGCGUGCGUCCGUCGGCAGCAGCGGGAGGAGGGGCGGCGCCAGCCAUGGCCGGGGACAGCGAGCAGACCCUGCAGAACCACCAGCAGCCCAACGGCGGCGAGCCCUUCCUGAUCGGCGUCAGCGGGGGCACGGCCAGCGGCAAGUCUUCCGUUUGUGCUAAGAUUGUGCAGCUCCUGGGACAGAAUGAGGUGGACUGUCGCCAGAAGCAGGUGGUUAUCCUGAGCCAGGAUAGCUUCUACCGUGUCCUCACUUCGGAGCAGAAGGCCAAAGCCUUGAAGGGCCAGUUCAAUUUUGAUCACCCGGAUGCCUUUGACAAUGAACUCAUCUUCAAAACACUCAAAGAAAUCACUGAAGGGAAAACAGUACAGAUUCCCGUGUAUGAUUUUGUCUCUCAUUCCCGGAAGGAGGAGACGGUCACUGUCUACCCUGCAGACGUGGUGCUCUUUGAAGGGAUCCUGGCCUUCUACUCCCAGGAAGUACGAGACCUGUUCCAGAUGAAGCUUUUCGUGGACACAGAUGCCGACACGCGGCUCUCCCGCAGAGUAUUAAGGGACAUCAGCGAAAGAGGGAGGGACCUUGAGCAGAUUUUAUCUCAGUACAUUACGUUCGUCAAGCCUGCCUUUGAGGAAUUCUGCUUGCCAACAAAGAAAUACGCUGAUGUGAUCAUUCCUAGAGGUGCAGAUAAUCUAGUGGCCAUCAACCUCAUCGUGCAGCACAUUCAGGACAUCCUGAACGGAGGGCUCUCCAAACGGCAGACCAAUGGCUAUCUCAACGGCUACAUCCCGUCACGCAAGAGGCAGUCCUCGGAGUCCAGCAGCCGGCCGCAUUGACCCCUGUCUCCCCCCGACCCAGCCCCUAUCUUCAAGAGGCAGGAGGAGGGAUCAGGAGGCG